AGGAGCCCAUUGCCUUCAUGGGAGGGAUGUUUGCAGGACUUUUGAGGCUUGAUUUGAACGAAGAUCCCCUCAAGGAAUGGGUUACUAGGACUGUUGAAGCCUCUGGGAUUACGGAAGAAGCGAUCACUUCUGAAGAUGCCAAACAAGAAGAAAUACCACAACAGAUAGAGAUUGAAUGAUAUGUACUUCAAAUUUUGAUUGGUAUAUUAUCAUAUGGUCAUUAUAUAAUUCAAGCCCACAUGGUGGUGCCCCAACUUGCAUAUAAGCACCAUCUGGAGGCUUUGAACCUCGCCAUCCUUUGUCUUCCUGAGAACUGUUCAUCUGAUGUUUAGACAAUUUAAACAGCUGAAAUCCGUAUAUUGCUUGAAUUUGAUUAUAAAUUUACAUUCAAGUUGAUGAUUGU